AUGACUGUGGCUUAUUCCCUGGAGAAUCUCAGGAAGAUUAGUAAUGCCCUAGUGGGUGAUCAACUGGCUAAAGUAGAGUACUUCCUGGCCCCAAAGUGUCUGAUUUUCCAGUUCCUGGUGGCCAUUAGGCCGGAUGAUAGGGUGGCAUUGAAGAAUGCGAAGUUGGAUUUGUUGUAUACUCUUUUACACCUGGAACCGCAACAAAGAGAUAUGGUAGGCACAUCGUACCUUGAUACUGUCUCUGCGAUCUACAAGUCCAUGACUCUGGCAAGAAGUUUUGCCCAGAAUGAGUCUUUGACCAACUAUAAGUACGUGAAACUUCUGAAUUUGUGUGCAGAAGUCUACCCCAAUUGCGAGUUUUCAGACCUACAGUACCUUCAGAAGGGGUUUAUCCAUUUGGUCAACAAUAAAUUUUUGAGAGGCUUAUGCAGUGCUAAUGAAGUUACUACAAUUAUUGAACUGUUGAAAUUCUUUUCACUUGUGGACGAGGAAAGGGACGGUGGUUCUGAUCUGACGGAUCCUAUGAAGCAAGAAAGGGAAGUGACAGAAAUUUCGCACUAUCAAGAUUUUAAUAUGGCGGAUUCUCUUGAACAGAUAAUAGUCAAGACUUCCACGAAGUACCUGGACCAAAUAAGCCUCAAAUACAUAGUGAGACUCAAGGUUUCCAGGCCAGCGUCGCCCUCCAGUGUCAAAAACGAUCCAUUCGAUAAUAAGGGUGUGGACUGCACCCGCGCAAUUCCUAAAAAAAUUAACAUCUCUAGUGUUUAUGACUCAAGUUUACUGUCAUUGGGGUUACUGCUUUAUUUGAGGUACUCUUAUGUGAUACCAGACGAUAGGAAACUGUGGAAUGACCUGACCUUCAAGGCAUUUAUUCUGGGCCUUUUAAAGAGUGAUGAUGUAAAUAUCAGAUGCAUUUCCUUAAAGUUCUUAUUGCAUCCAUACCUUACAGAGGAUAAAAGAUGGGAGGAUUCGCGUACUCUGGAAAAAAUACUGCCAUAUCUCGUUGAAUCGUUCAACUACGACCCAUUACCUUGGUGGUUUGAUCCAUUCGAUUCACUAGAUUCUUUGGUAGUACUAUAUAACGAAACUACUCCAAUGAAUAAUCCCGUACUCGCCACCCUGGCCCAUACAAACGUCGUAUUUUGUAUUCUGUCUCGUUUUUCUCAAUGCCUUUCUUUACCACAACAGAACGAGUCUUCUUUGAGAACGACUACAAAGUUCAUCAAACUGUGCGCCUCCUUUGCAGCCUCGGACGAAAAAUACCGUCUAUUAUUAUUGAACGAUAAGUUGUUAUUAAACCACUUAGAAUACGGGCUGGAAUCACACAUUACUUUGAUACAAGAUUUUAUAUCAAUGAAGGAUGACAUAAGAGAAACGGUUGCCGAGACUCAUUUUAUGUGUUUACCUCCCAUAUAUGACCACGAGUUUGUGGCAGCUUGGUUACGAUUGCUGAAGUCAUUCUCAAGAAGCGUUUCUGCCCUUAGGACGACUUUGAAAAGAAAUAAAAUAGCACAGCUACUUUUACAAAUUUUGACUAAAACAUAUACCUUAACGAAGGAAUGCUAUUUUGCUGGACAAAAUUUUAUGAAACCGGAAAUCGGAAUUAUGGGCAUUACGCUGGGUAGCAUUUGUAAUUUUGUGGUGGAGUUCUCUAAUUUACAAUCAUUCAUGUUGAGAAACGGUAUAAUUGACAUAAUCGAAAAAGUGUUAUCAGAUCCUUUAUUCAACUCAAAGAAAGCCUGGGAAGAUGACGAAAAUGAAAGAAGAAUCGCUUUGCAAGGUAUACCAGUACACGAAGUAAAGGCAAACUCUUUGUGGGUGUUAAGGCAUUUAAUGUACAACUGUCAGAACGAGGAGAAGUUCCAACUUUUAGCCAAAAUCCCAAUGACUUUAAUCCUAGAUUUUAUUAAUGAUUCGUGUUGGGCAGUACAAGCUCAGUGUUUCCAGCUCCUUAGAAACUUGACUUGUAACUCAAGAAAAAUUGUUAAUAUCCUCCUGGAAAAAUUCAAAGAUGUUGAAUACAAAAUCGAUCCCCAAACAGGUAAUAAAAUUAGCAUCGGUUCGACGUAUCUUUUUGAGUUCUUAGCAAGGAAAAUGAGACUAUUAAAUCCACUGGAUACCCAACAAAAGAAGGCAAUGGAAGGUGUUUUAUACAUAAUUGUCAACUUGGCUGCAGUAAACGAGAACAAAAAGCAACUGGUAAUCGAACAAGACGAAAUACUGAACAUUAUCAGCGAAAUAUUGAUGGAAACUACAAACGAUAAUUCACGUUAUGGCAACGACAGUAAUUUGAAGUUAGCGUGCCUAUGGGUCCUAAAUAAUUUACUUUGGAAUUCAUCUGUUUCACAUUAUACUCAAUAUGCGAUUGAAAAUGGUCUGGGACCGGGACAUUCACCAAGUGAUUCUGAAAAUCCACAAUCAACGGUCACGAUAGCGUAUAAUGAACCAGUUGCUGGUGGAUAUUCCAGAGGAAAGUAUUUUGACGAGCCGGAUGGCGAUGAUAGCAGUAGUAAUGCCAAUGAUGACGAUGAUGAUGAUGGUGAUGAUGAUGAUGACGAUGAAGGCGACGAGUUUGUUCGUACUCCCGCAGCGAAAGGUAGCACUUCGAAUGUACAAGUUACACGGGCUACGGUGGAAAGAUGUAGAAAAUUGGUGGAUGUAGGUCUAUACGAUUUAGUCAAGAAGAACAUUACUGACGAAUCGCUAUCUGUUAGAGAAAAGGCAAGAACGUUGCUGUAUCAUAUGGACUUGCUUUUGAAAGUUAAAUGA